AUGGAUUAUGAAAAGUUGUCGGAAGACCUAGGUGGUGAGGAUGCUGCUGCUAUACUCCUGUCCGGUAAGUCAUCUCCGGCUACCUUGCUUACAUGCGGUAAGGUUGAUGUCCGAUCUAAUUAUGUUGCAUUGGAGUUGGAAAGUGCUCAACUAGAAUUACAAGCUGCUGAGGCUAUGAAAAGAGCUGCAAAUGCCAAAAGGCGUGCCUCGGCGGCGUUGCGAGCAGAUAGGUUGGCUCGUGUUGCAGAGGAAGUGGACGAUGUGCCCGUCGAUGAUGAAAUCAGUGUAAAACUUCUCUUUGCAGAAGAAAAGGUUACAACACGGAUGCUGAGGUAUCCUUGUAUUGCGAUCCGAAUACAUUCUACACGAGGCCCAGUUCGGAUAUGGUAG